AUGGGAGCCCUCCAAGUAGAAGCACCUUCAAAAGAUGCGACGGUUCUAGAUACGCAGUCGUCGUCGUCGUCCGCGGCGGUUACUGGUGAGCCAUCGCCGCUGAGAAAAAUGAUAUCGGUGGCUUCAAUCGCCGCCGGUGUACAGUUUGGUUGGGCUUUACAGUUAUCUCUUCUAACUCCAUACGUGCAGCUCCUCGGAAUCCCACACAAAUGGUCAUCUCUCAUAUGGCUAUGUGGUCCCAUCUCCGGCAUGCUUGUUCAGCCAACCGUAGGUUAUUACAGCGACCGAUGCACAUCAAGAUUCGGUCGUCGUCGUCCUUUUAUUGCCACCGGUGCUGUCCUCGUCGCUGUCGCUGGUAUCCUUAUCGGAUACGCGGCUGAUCUCGGCCAGUUAACGGGAGACAAGCUCGAGCAGACUAUCAAGAAACGUGCCAUAUGGUUCUUCGCUCUCGGGUUCUGGAUCCUCGACGUAGCUAACAACACACUCCAAGGACCUUGCCGAGCUUUCCUCGCAGACUUAGCCGCAGGAGACGCAAGGAAAACGCGGACUGCAAACGCGUUUUUCUCUUUCUUCAUGGCGGUUGGAAACGUUUUGGGAUACGCGGCUGGAUCCUACACUAACCUCCACAAGAUCUUUCCUUUCACGAUGACAAACGCUUGCGACAUCUAUUGUGCGAACCUCAAGAGUUGUUUCUUCAUCUCCAUCAUCCUUCUCCUCGGCCUCACCAUAGCAUCACUCUUAUACGUUAAAGACAAACAAUGGUCGCCGGAGAAAGGAGACUCCGACGUGAAAACUCCCUUCUUUGGUGAGAUCUUUGGAGCUUUCAGGGUGAUGAAACGUCCCAUGUGGAUGCUUAUAAUCGUCACGGCCUUGAACUGGAUCGCUUGGUUCCCAUUUCUUUUGUUCGAUACUGAUUGGAUGGGUCGUGAAGUGUACGGUGGUGAUUCAUCAGGAGACGCUAAAUUGAAGAGUCUUUACAACCAAGGAGUACACAAUGGUGCUUUGGGAUUGAUGAUAAACGCGAUCGUUCUUGGAUUCAUGUCUCUUGGCGUUGAAUGGAUCGGUCGUAAAAUGGGAGGAGCUAAACGGCUCUGGGGAGUUGUGAAUUUCAUCCUCGCCGUGUGUUUGGCCAUGACGGUUUUGGUUACAAAGCUGGCUGAGGCUCACCGGAAAACUGCCGGUCCGUAUGCUGGUCCGACCGAAGGCAUUAGAGCUGGAGCGUUGACUCUCUUUGGUAUUCUUGGAAUUCCUCUUGCUGUUACGUUCAGUAUCCCUUUCGCAUUAGCUUCCAUAAUCUCAAGCGACUCCGGCGCCGGUCAAGGGCUUUCUCUAGGAGUAUUGAAUUUGGCAAUUGUGAUACCACAAAUGUUCGUGUCACUUGGAGGUGGACCAUUUGAUGCUUUGUUUGGAGGUGGGAACCUACCAGGAUUUGUGGUCGGAGCUAUUGCAGCGGCAGUCAGUGGCGUUGUCGCAUUAACCGUUCUUCCUUAG